AUGAAAGAAUUGGUAGAGAAAUAUCGUCCCGCGAGGCAAAGGACAGUCUGGGAAGAAACUACAAAGUACAAAGCAGGGGCUUUGCCACCGGCAGUCUACUCGAAGGAACAAGAUUGUGAUAGAGUGGACUUGAUGGAGGGACUAGGGAACGAUCUUAACACUGAGGAACCGAUAGAUUUUACCAUGGAUGAAGAAGAAAAAGAAGAAGACUUGUUCGUUCAUGCUACAUGUGAAGGUGGAGAUGCGCCACAAGUCACAUUUGUGGACGACUGUCUCCUUGUAGUGGCAGUUGCUGAAGCGCGA